UUCACACAUCCGGAUUGGGCACCUUCCUUGAAAAUGACGUCUGAAAGUAAUGAAAGCAGUGUGAAACUAUCAGAAGAAAACCUUACGGGUCACCAAAGGUCAGAAAAUCAUCAGGAAAACAAGUAAUGAAUGACUCUGCCAGUGCUGUGACUGAAUUAAGUAGGGACAUUAGUAGUGAAGAUGGUGGUGUAACAGCGGGUUGUUUAUUCGAGGACUGGGCUGUUCUAAGAUAAAAGUAUCAGAGCGAGUAUCUUACAGAAGUUAGAGUUAAAUGCCAGCGACUACUGACGGAAAACGUAGAACUUCAUGCUGAGCUACAAGAAAGGAGCAUCGCAGAGGCAUCAUUUAUUGACCCACAAGUUGGCAGUAGAACGUACAGAACCGGAAGCGAUGGACCGGUUUUACGGAAUACGGACGUGUGUUGCGUGUAACCCCCGUUCACAGAUCCUGCUCUGAGCACUCGGAUCUGCUGUCCUCUCCUCAUUGUUUAAACACGAUGAACAGGUUUCAUCAGGUCACUUACACUGUAGGAAGAUGCUGUAGUUCCUCCUCUGGAUGUUUUCACAGUUUUGCAGCCUGCUUUGCUUUGAUCAUUAGUCAGGAUUUCGGGGAGGUUUUUUGGUGAUUGUCUCGGCUAAAACAGAGUGUGCUUUUUGUGCUUUUUUUUUUUGUGGAAAACUACUUGAAUUGGCGAAAUCGAAAUCGCAUGGAAUAGUUCUGCACACUCUUUCACAGUGAUAUUUGUUGGUAAAUGAGAGCUUUUCGCUGUACUUAGGGAUGCACCGAAUGUUCGGCAACCGAAAUUAUUUGACCAAAAAUGGUUAAAAAAAAAAAAAAGCAUUUUCGGUGUUCGUCCGAAUAAGUGAAAAGGCCGAAUAAAUUUGACCGAACAAUGACGUGUUUGAUGACGCGACCAAAUAGCCUAGCGACCAGAGCGAGACGCAUGAAGCUUUAAUUGCAGCAAACAUGUCGGCAGUGUGGAAGCAUUUUAAAGUGUCGGAGAAAGAUGGAAGAAUGGCCGUUUGCAGACAGUGUUCUGCUGAACUGUCUAGAGGGGGUACAUCUGGAAAAACAUACAGCACUACAAGCUUAAUUUAUCAUUUAAAAUCAAGGCACCCUGAACAGUAUGCAGAAUACGAGAAAGACACAGGGGCAGCAGCAGCAGCGAAAAGAAAAGUUCCUCCCAGUACACCCACUCCAUCUGUGGCUGACUUCUUAGAAAAGGCUAAAAAGUUUGCCAAGAACAGUGCCAAAGCUAAAGGCAUUACUAAAAAGAUUAUGGAAUUCAUCGCCUUGGAUGAUCAACCAUUCUCGGUUGUAGAGGACGUUGGAUUUCGCAGGCUUAUAGAGUAUAUUGAGCCCCGUUACACCAUGCCUAGUAGGCGGUAUUUCUCAGACGUGUGCUUACCUGAGAUGUAUAAUGUCGUUUCAACUCACGUCCACGAGCUCUUGACUACAGAUAUUGCAGCCUUCAGCUUCACGACAGAUAUAUGGAGCUCAGAUGUAAGCCCCACCAGUAUGCUGAGUUUAACCGCACAGUGGAUCGACACAGAUUUCAAGCUACAAAAGGUUGUGCUUCACUCACAAGAGAUUAGGGGGUCCCAUACAGCUGAAGCCAUCUCCGAGGCAUUCGCCUACAUGUUUGACACUUGGCGUAUCGAUCGAUCUAAAGUGCAUGCGGUAGUCAGUGACAACGCAAGAAAUAUGGUCAAAGCCAUGGAAGACAGCGAUCUGAAAGGCAUACGGUGCAUGGCACACACGAUUCAACUAGCAGUCAACGAGGGGGUGAUGAGUCAGCGCAGUAUAGCGGAUGUGAUAGCUAUAGGCAGGAAAAUAGUUGGCCACUUUAAGCAUUCCCCGCUUGCCUAUGCGCGCCUACAAUCUAUCCAAGAGCAGUUUGCGAUGCCAACAAAACGUCUCCAACAAGAUGUAAGCACAAGAUGGAGCAGUACAUAUUAUAUGCUGGAAAGCCUUUUUGCACAAAAGCGAGUACUGGCUGCAUACAUAGCAGAUUAUGAUCUGCCCGCGACAUUCACCGCACACCAGUGGGUGUUAAUCCAGAACGUUCUCUCUCUUCUUGCCCCCUUUGAGCAACUAACAAAAGAGAUAAGCUCAUCUGAGGCAUCUGUGGCAGAUGUUAUCCCCUUCCUUGCAGCGCUAAAGCGUCUUCUAAACAAAGAGGCUGAAACGGACCACAGAGUGAAAACAACUAAAAGUGCACUCUUCGAGGCCGUCAACACACGAUUUAGUCAGGCGGCCUCCGAACCCUUGUACUGCAUCGCGACUGUACUUGACCCACGAUAUAAAGAGCAUUACUUGGAUGUGGGGACGAAGCAGCGCACACGAGAAAUGAUCCAGGCCGAGUUGGAUUUGGGAAAGCCACUUGGUGAUGGAGACGGUCAGGGGACGCACGGCGCAGGAGAUGGGGGAGACAGCGCAGAGAGAAAAAUGUCCCGCACAGAUGAGCCGCGUACAGCCUCGCUGUCUGACAUGUUCGAUGAGAUCCUCCAAGAGAAUAACACGAAUGCAAGACCGAGGAGAAGCUCAACCGCUCAACAGUUAGAUGAUUACCUCUCAGAAGUCCCCAUCCCCAGGAGCAAUAACCCUCUGGAAUAUUGGAGGACCGAUCAAGGUCGCUUUCCCGACCUGGCACAGAUGGCACGCAGGUACUUGUCUGCUCCAUGCACAAGCACUGACAGCGAGAGACUGUUUAGCGCUGCAUCUCGUGUCCUCGACGAGAAGAGUAACCGACUUGAAUGUGGGAAAGCAGAGAAGCUACUUUUCAUAAAGAAGAACCUGACACUUUUCCUAAAGAAGUUGAAUGUGAAGAGCACGGAGACAGAAAGCUCCGCACCAACCUGUGAUCAGACUGUUUCUCUACAGAGAGUGACCCGGGGUGAUAGUAAAGAUGCCUCGGUUAGUCGAGGAGCUCGUGUUCUCAGAGAGGCUGAAGAGCCUGAACCUCAGACGUUCUCCACGGUAGAUGUGAAGCGGCGGACGAUGGGCUCUGGAAUACAGUGUCCCUACUGCCGCUACAGAUGCGGCUCUAAGUUCUCGUUCCAGAUCCACGUCGGCUCGCAGCACCCUCUCCACUGUGAGGACGUGUCUGUGGGCCGGUUGGGUAAAGUCAUUUUCUACCAGCGCACGGCCAAACUCUUCCACUGCCACAUCUGCUUCUACACAUCCAAGGACUACGCAGUACUGUUCGAGCACCUGCUGGCGAGGCACUGCUUCAGUGUGAGGAAAGCUGUGCAGACGGAUAAAGGCGAUGAAGUGACGGAUAAGGACGACACCGAGGUCCGGGAGCAGGACAGGAGUCCUAAUCCUGAGAUAAAACCUGACAAUGACAACACUACAGAACAACACGAACAUGAAACCUCCAACGCGGACUCUCUGAAGAGAAAGCGAAGCUCUGGGUCUAGUGGUGAAGACGGGGACGAAGACACGAACGUGCCAGACAUCAUUCAAGCAGCUAAUGAGGAGCAAACGUCUGCUGUCGAGCAGUUCUCGGAGUGCUCGGGUGCCCCGUAUUACGACUGCAAGUUCUGCAAACAGCGCUGUAAGAGUAAAGACUCGUUACUGCGCCACAUCAGCUGCAAACAUGACGUGCCUAAACCACACGCUUGUAAAGAGUGCAGUGAGACCUUCAUGCUGGAGAGUCUCCUGACACACCACGUCAACCUGCACCACAGACAGAAACUCUACCAGUGUCCUUACUGUCUGUUUGAGUCCAGUCUCCAAGGCCUCCAUCAGCACCUCAGCCAGUGCAGAGCGGUGGAGAGGAACGAGGACAAAGGAGACGUGGGAACUGAAGAAAAGGAAUGAGUGGAUCAAGUGGAUGAGUAGUUUGUCCUUAUGGGCAUGUAACAGCCGUUACUAUUGUCCCCUGUGGGCGUGGCUGAUGAUGAGAACAGUAGUAGCUACAUAUAGCUUCUAGAGCUAAUUUAAGUCCAAAUGAAAUGACGUGUUAAUCAUUGUGAAAAUUGUUUGCAGGAUUUAUGUGCUCCGCUUCAUUCUCGGAUUAGAUCAGUGAUCACCAGUGAUCUGUUACUUCCUUCCACGCUUUAUUCUUCCUCCUAAUGUCUCUAUACACAAUUCAUAAGAGCUCAUCUAGCACAGGAUGAGAUGAAACCACGCUUAAAAGUUUUUCAGACAUUUUUUCAUCAACAGUAAAUGGGAACUGAAGAAACAUCGGACCACACGCAGUGUUUGGAUUUGUCAGGUUUUUUAUUUUACAGUAUUAUACCUAAUUUGAAUAGAUUUCAGGAAAAUCUCACUUCAGGAAUGUUAAUGACUGUGUGUGUGAGAGAGAGAGAGAGAGAGAGGAACUGGAUCUCUCCAUCUUAUUAUCAGAAAUGAUAGACUCUUGUGUUUUAGAUCCUUUGUGUAAAGCUGACUUUACAGUUUUCAGCCUGAGUUUGGCGACAGUGCAAUUCAGUGUUUGAGGUGUCGGUGGUGUUCGAACACAUUAUGCGACAUAAAACAUGGAAUAUUUCACACCCAGGUCCGAGUCCACAGGUUUUUUUUUUUUAGACGUGUCAGUGAUGUUGGUUUUACUUUUAAAAUGACCAUCAAUCAUUAAAAACUCCACUACUAUUUUCUUCAUGUGGAGGUAUGAAGUAUAUAAAACUUGGUAUAAAAGUAGCUGUUUUCUAGAAUUCAGCUACAGCCACCUAACAAUGUGUUGUUUACUUGAGUGUGGAGGUCACAGUCUUCUUGUUGUGGUAUGUGAAGUGAGCUGGUAUUGUCUACUAUAUUUUAAUGUUCCGAAAGGUCUCCCGUUAUGGCCAGGGGAUUAUCUCACUGCACUUCAUGCACACUUACAUCAUCUCCUACAUCAGGGGGUCUGAACUCGGGACAGUACCAUGCAGUUUUUCCUUUCUCCAGGCAGCAGCAGUACUGUAGACCUACACUGUGUGUCACCACAUGAGUGAGUCUUGCUUCACUGACUGACCCUCAGAUUAAUUUACUCAGUGAGAUUUAUUCAAGGCUCCAGCACAAAGAGGGCACUUUCAGGAGACAUUAUGAAACACAGCAUUGCAAAGGUGUUGCAAUAAACACUCAAUGUGAAAGGGCAGAAAACAGAAGCAGUAUCCUGGCAGAACUGUUUAUCAGAGCAAGGGGGCGCAGGAGAACUUCACUAGAGCAAGUUAGUGACGAUGGAAAAUGUUUCUCUGAGGGUGAAUUCAUGAACAAGUAAUUCUCUAAACUGGUCAAUGUCCAAAUGGUCAAUUUGUUCCAAAACCCCCCAGAACUGUAUGAACAUCUUGCGGUCAGUUGAUACCCCACAUCAGUUACUCCACUGUGAUUACAUUCUUCUAAAUGCUUUAAAUCUUUUACAUUUUAAAGAUGAAGAUUUGAUCUAAUUAAGAAUAAUAUUUUGGAAAAGCGUGAUCUGCCCUCGGGUCUUUUCAUAUGGUGUAAUUUGGUCACCCCUGACCUACAGGCACAUGUGACAGUGAUGAUUAAGGAGAAAGAACUUUCCAAGCACUUUCAUUCCUGCAAAUUGGUUUCUUAUAGAAUUCUGUAACUUUUUUACUAAAUAGCAAAUAAAUAAUGAGCUGAGACAAAUCGUAUCUUUACCAGUGCAGGUUUGUGACUUCGCUGGACUGAAGUUCACAUAGAACAAAGAUUCAACAAAAUUUUGAGAAAACAAACCCCAUUAUAGAUGACACAAGUCCAAGCUGUCCCAUUUUGGUUUCUACCUUCACACUGAUAUUAUUUUAAUCCACAUGCAGAAAAUGUUAAAUAUCAACAUGUCACUGUUUAACAGCUUCACAGUGAAGAAGACUUAAAGGUGCAAGUUAGCUAGCGUAAAUGACCUAAUAAAGAUCGAAUUCCCUCAAACACCCUUAACACUGGUUUCAAUCCACUUUGUGCCACGUUUGACUUAUUUCACAACAAACCUUUAUCAGAGCGGGGAUUACCACAUGACAUGAGAACACUGCAGGGAAAAGUCUGAUACAAAUCGAAACACACACACACACACACACAC